GAGUCUGUCAUGCUGCUGCCAGGCCCCUAAUCUGCCAUGGGCCCCUAUAUACCGCCUCCUCAUGCUGCUGCCAAGUCCAGAGUCUGUCAUGGUCCCUGUACGGCCUCCCAUUGCUGCUGUCUCCAUCGCCACACACUCUGCUGCCAUGUGCCACUUUCAGGUCUCUUCACACUGCUGGUGUGUUAAAUUUUUUGACAUAGGGUGCAGGCAGAUUACGGGCCUCACAUAGCUGCUGCCAGGCCCCUAAAUCUGCCAUGGGCCCCUAUAUACCGCCUCCUCUGCAUGCUGCUGCCAAGUCAGAGUCUGUCAUGGUCCCUGUACGGCCUCCCAUUGCUGCUGUCU